AUGUCCCAGCAACGUGAAGAUGUUGUGUUAGAGAUAGCGACGAUGCUUCUCACGGAACAACACAGUCAAAUUCUCCAGCGAUAUCACAAUCAUGUCCUCUUUUUACAGGAUGCCUUCUUUAGUGCUGAACAGCAAAAACAAGAAUCAUUUGACUUGGCAUGUACAUUUCUACUUUUGCCUGUUGCGACCCCAAGUUCUCUCACUUCGGCCCAAAUUGAAGAAUUUGAACAACGAUGGCAGUGUCUUGUACGUAUGUUUGAAACAACAUGUCAAGAUGAAAUUAAAUUGUUUCGAUCUGAUGGGGAUGCACUAAAGCAGCAGAUGAAUCAAAUCAUUGCAGUAUCCGGUGAAAAAUGGAAAAAAGCAGAAAGACGCCGUCAGGAUGAUUUUAUGGAAAUGUCUAUUGCAUGCCAGAAGGAAGUUGCUGCAAUUACAGCAGAACUACAAUCAGGGGUAUUACGUUAUUUUCAGGAUUCUCGAAUGAGUACCGUAUUGGAAGAAGCAUUGCGUGCAAAAGUAGAUGAGAUGCGAGAGUUGAAUAGUCAAUUGGAGGAGUUAACAGAAUUACGCCUAAAAGACUUCACUGAACACCAAAAAACUUUACAGGAGGAAAGAGAAAAGUAUCGACAACGAUUUAUCUCAGUACAACAAGAGACUUCUAAGACGGUUGAGGAACUCACAAUAGAGAUUGAAGAACGACAAAAACAAUAUAUGCGAGAGGUACGGGAAAUGCAACGUCAACAUACAUCACGUCUAGAAGUGUUAGAAAAACAACUUGAGGAUGAACGAGAAGAACGUGAAGCCGAGCGCAAACAUCACACAGAGGAAAUGGAUCGUUAUCGAUCCACCGUAAAAAAAUUAGAAGAGGAAAGGACACAGUUAACACAAGGAACAGUAGAACUUCAAACACAGAUAGAUGAAUGGCGUCGCCGAUACUCUGAACGGGAUUCACAAGCAAAGAUGGAGUUAAUUGAAUAUCAAACACUUGCAGAGGCAUUACGAGUAGAAGAAGCGCAAGAGUUUCGUAAACAAUUAGUUGGAGCGGUUCGCCGCGGUGUAACCUCAUCUGUUGCGGCACUUGCAUCUAUCGCAACUUCUCCUCCAGCAACCACAACAGCAAUGAGCGGCCAUAGUAACAACUCCAUAUCGCCUAUGGUUUAUAAGAAUGACAAUCAUGUCUCUCCUUCACCUAAAGGGGAUCGAUCGUUUCUGUGGAAAUCAACGGCUAAUGGUGUUCAGUCCCGUAAUGAAAAUACAACUGGGGAUUUUUUUUCUGUUCCCUACAAGGAUGAAAGUCGUCCCACACCGUUUACAUCCAAUGUAAGAGAAAAUCCAUCUUCAAAUCCUCUUGUUAAUUUACCAGUUCAUACCCCAACGGCAAGUUAUGUCAAACUCAUGAACUUAUCUGAGCAGUUAAAAAGGCAUAUUGAGCUUCAGUAA